AUGGAUAAUGAAAAUCAAACUUUGGUGAUGGAGUUUCUUUUUGUAGGCUUAACAAAUCACUUCCCAUACCAGGUUGUUCUCUUUGUGAUAUUUCUCUUCGUUUAUCUUGUUACUCUUCUGGGAAACUUGGGGAUGAUCAUACUCAUUUGGGUGAAUCCCCGACUCCACACUCCCAUGUACUUUUUCCUCAGUCACUUGUCCUUUGUGGAUAUCUGUUCCUCAUCCGUCAUUGGUCCCAAGAUGCUGACUGACAUUUUCAUGGAGAAAAAAGUCAUUUCCUUCUUCGGUUGUGCUGCUCAGCUCUGGAUUUUUGGCCAGCUUGUCGUGACCGAGUGCUUCCUCCUGGCCUCCAUGGCAUUUGACAGGUAUAUGGCUAUCUGUAAGCCACUGCUGUACACGCUUAUCAUGACCCAGAGGGUCUGUGUGCAGCUGGUGGUAGGACCUUAUGCCCUGGGCUUCAUAAGUACCAUAACCCACACAACUUCCACCUUUCGCCUACCUUAUUGUGGUCCAAACAUCAUCAAUCACUUCUUCUGUGACCUUCUUCCUGUUCUCUCUCUGGCAUGUGCAGACACCCUGGUAAAUAAAUUUUUGCUUUUCAUCUUGGCCGGAGCUCUAGGAGUCCUUAGCGGCGUGAUCAUCUUGGUGUCCUACAUUUACAUCGUCAUCACCAUCUUGAGGAUCCGCUCCGCUGAGGGGAGGCGCAAAGCCUUCUCUACCUGCUCUUCCCACCUCACGGCUGUCUCCAUCCUUUAUGGAACUCUAUUCUUUAUUUAUGUGCGUCCGAGCUCCAGUUUCUCCCUGGACAUCAAUAAAGUGGUGUCUCUGUUCUACACAGCUGUGAUUCCCAUGUUGAAUCCGCUUAUCUAUAGUCUGAGAAACAAGGAGGUCAAAAAUUCCUUCAGAAGGACGUUUGCAUGGGAGAAGAUUCUCAUAGGCAAAUAA